AUGGAGAAGGCUGGUCAAAGCAAGACAAUGGGCGGACAGAAGAAACCCGAAGUGGACUCUGUGCUGAAGAAGCUGCCCAGUGAUAACGACCUUACAUGGGACAGCUACUUCGCGCCAGAGCACGUCAAGGACGAGUUGAAGCACCUUGCCGAGUGCAUGGAUCCGGAGUUUCAGCAGAGAUUGAAGGCCCUUCGCCAACACUGCCGCGAACGCCCGGGGCAGAUUUUCCGGGGGCGUCCCAUGCUCUUGCUACAUGGCCCUCCGGGAACCGGCAAGACUCAUGCCAUGCGCAUGUUGGCGGCUUCUUUGAAGCUGCAACCCUGGAUUCUGGAUGUCAAGGCCAUGUCCGACAGUUGGGAGGCGCGGAACUUGUUUGGCGAGGUGCUGCGGAGCAUCGCCAGUCUCAACAAGGCCAUCGUGUUUUUGGAUGAGUGUGAGGGCAUCUUCCGAGACAGAGGCCCGAUGAUGAACUAUGCGUCGGUGGCGGUUACUACGAAGGUAGAACUGAUCGAUGACUUCUUGACAUGGGUGGACGGACUGCAGGGGCAGAGAACCGAAGAGAUGAAAGGUGCCUACCUCUGCUUGUCCACCAACAUUCUUGAACACAUCGACCCGGCGAUCGUAUCUCGCAGCAACUGUAUGAAAAUUGACUUGCCCGGUCUACCAGAACGGCGGGCAUGGUGGGGAGCACAUGCGAAGCACCUCAUACCGUGCGAGCUUGAUGAACUGGGCAGCCUCACCGAGGGCCUCUCCUUUCGGGACCUAAGCCAAGUGGCAGAGAAAGUGGAGAGGGCUGCAGCAAGACAUGGCCACAUGGAUGUUCAGCUGCAGCACUGCGGCGUCUUCCAGUACAGGCAAGCGGCACUGAGGCUCGCUGAGGAGAAGAGCACAUCUUCUGCAGCUGCUGAGAAGCCGCGUGCGGCUGUGUCUGAGCAGCCUUCGUGCUUGCAAGCCAAGCUGGAAGCCGAGCAAGCUGAGCGCUGGAAGUUAGAAGCCAGAGUUCAGCACUUGGAGUCGGAGUCCUUGGAUGCAGAAUGGUAUCACAUCGACCAUGUGCACAUCCAGGAUGAGCUCGUCGUUGCUAGAUCCCUCCGAGACCAUGCGCUUCCAGUGUUUCGUAAAAUCAGCGGUGUUUGUGAUUCCAUCCUGAGGCGCAGCUCGAGGUGA